UUGCUGAAGCAAAUACAGUGAAGUAGAAAUCAGUGAAAUCAGAAAAUAAUACAAAUAAAUUGUUGAAUUUAUGAUUUUAUUCCUUGUUACAACAUUGUGGCAAAAAACAUUUUGUGUUAGAUCGAAUGUGAUGCACUGUUAGGAUUGCGUUAUUGCAUUCCAAUUGUUUCAAUGGCUUCGACCGCGCAACAAAUAAAUUCUAAUCAAUCGUCCCAAAACAAUUCCUGUGCCAAACGAAAGAAGAGUAAAGGUAGCAAAGGUUCAUUCCUGUCUAAGUGGCUCGAUAAAACGCUACAUCACGACUCGGGCUCCUUUCCAAGCUUGGACGCCGAUAUGUAUGUAAAUCCGAAUGUAAAUUGGCAUACUGGUAAUUCUCAAUUCGGUCCAGGCUACGAUAAUUAUAGGCACGACAUGUACGGUUGCAUGCCGGGGCACACGUCGCUUCCUACAUUUCUCAACCAUUACAACCCCGUGCUACCUCCGUCGGAAAAUCGCUACGUCCAAAGUGAAAACAAACGUGUCCAAGUUCAAAGGCCUCGGGUGCGCAAAAGCAACAGGGGGAACGCCGAAGAAAUAUCGAGUGCCCCAAUUGAUGCUAAUCACUCUCACUAUUUUCAACCAAAGACCAUGUCAGAUAGUCAGGACUACACAAGUUUACCUCCUAUAAUAACGUCGACGGGCGACACCAACUCAGUCAGUGAUGUGCACACAAACGAGAAAGACGAGAGCAACGGCAGGAGAUUCAGUGAUCCGGUGGUCCGAGGUCUGCCGGACGUAGCAAGGCCUGCCAAUGGGGAAGUAGAGUCUGAAAGUGAUUCUGAGUCUGACUUAUCCGGGAGUCAAGUGGGAGGUAGACUGCUAGCAUAUUUAUUAGAUCAAAUAUCAUCUCUGAAAAUGGCCAACGAAAGAAUAAACAAGGAGCUAAUUGAAACCAAAGCGGAACUGGAGACAGUGAGACAUCAAGCAUUUUAUCCUCAAGCACCCAACAAUUUUUCAAGCAGCAAUGGUGUGCUAGGCGGGCAGUACUCGCCGGGUUUCCUGGCGGAGCUGGUGCGCGAGAUACGCGACGCGGCGCGGAUCCGCGAGGAGGCGAUGUACGCGAGGGUCCGGGCGAUGGUGCACGAGAGGCUCGAUAGUGGAAUAAUAUCUGCGGAAUCAAAAAUAUCUGACAGAACCCUGGAGGAAAUAAAGUGUUCGCUGCGCGCGUCGGAGGCGGACCGGCGCCGCAUGAUGGAUCGCAUCACCAAGCUGGAGGACGAACUGCGCACCUUGAGGUUGACGAAUGGCCAAGAACACACCGAGAAUCGAGUAACCAACGGCAACGACGAGGACGCCGAGUGCGAGAGGCUGCGCCUGCGCAAGGAACUGGCUGAUAUGCGGAAAGCGAAACAGAGCGCCGAGGAAAACGCGCAUAAACUCGAACGUCUAGUAACACAGAUGCGUUCGAAAUUCCACGGCACGCAACAGAACGGACCGGAAUCACUGCCCAGCGACGCCGACGAGCCGAUUCGGAUCCGACGAACCAGCAGCUCGACUAAUAACUCGACCGGCAAUCUCACUAACGCAUUAAACAAUUCGACCAACGUACUGAACUCGACGAACGUCCUCUCGUCUAACUUACACAACUCGUCGACUAACGCACUCAACUCGUCUAACAAUUUACACCACUCGUCGAGCAAUUUGAUUAACUCUUCUAACAAUUUGCACAACUCGUCGAACAUGCUCAAUUCGUCGACCAACUUGCUCAACUCGUCGUCUAACUUACACAACUCGUCCACAAACAUACUCAACUCAUCGCACAAUACUAAUAACAGCAGUUUCGGUCACUUGACUAACGCGUCUCCUAUGGUCUUUGGUCUGGUAACUGAUUUGUAGCGGAGUAUGAUAUGAAACCACUAACAUUUUUAACGUACUUAUGUAGUUACAUAAUAUUUUAGAACAAAUAUAAUUUGUAGUUUGAACUUGUGAUUGAACGAUUUUAAUUACAAUAA